AUGGUCGAGCUUCUACUUGAGGCUGGUGCUGAUGUCAAUAUGACUACCACAAACGGAGCCACGGCCCUUCACCUCUCAGCCAACAGGGGCUUUGAAGGCAUUGUGAAGUACUUAGUUGGGAAGGGUGCUAGUAUCGAAGCAAAGACAGCUGAUAGGAUUGAAGACCUGACACCUUUAAUCAAAGAGGCAGCGUCGUAUGCCCACAAGGACGUUUUUCAUUGUCUGGUGAGCCUUGGAGCGUCUCUUGAUACUAGGGAUGCAGAUUUCAGUACAUUGCUGAUGGCGGCAGCGAUUUCAAUUAGCUACUGUAGGUGGGGUUCUAUCCUCGAGGACAUCACAAGUCAGAAAGCUAUCAACUCGUCAGCACUUGAGUUGGCAAAAUUUUUGAUCGACCAUGGAGCAGACGUCAAUGCUUCCAACAAAUCGCGGGAGACCCCAUUACUGCUUUCAGCAGAACGCGGCUUCCUCCAGCUUCUCAAACUUCUUGUCCAGCGUGAUGCAGACUUAAAGGCUAAGACCGAGGAGGCAUCUACGAUGCUUCACCUCGCAGCGUUCUAUAGCCAUGCUGACAUUUUAGCCUGGCUGAUCAAGCGAGGAGCAGAUUUGGAGCUCAAGGACAAAGAAGGGUGCACUGCGCUCCAUAUGGCAUCACAUUCUGGUGCGCUGGAAGUGGCACGGAUGUUACUCGAUAGUGGUGCAAGGACUGAGGUCUACGACGAAGAGGGAAGAACACCACUUUUAAGAGCUGUAUGGUCCCACAACCCAGAAUAUGUUCAAUUUCUCCUGGACCGGGGCGCGGAUGCUGGCUAUCAGGUAUUUCAUGAAGUCGAUGCACUUUAUUGUGCAGUCCUGAAUGACGAGCUCGCAAUAGCGAAAGUGCUUAUCGGAAAUCAUGCUGAUCUAGUGAAAGGGUUGGAGGAACGAAAGAUGAUACACUUAGCUGCCGAACGGGGAGACGAAAGCGCUGUGCGUAACCUGGUCAAAGACGGUGUGACCAUAACCUCUGAAGAUGAGAAUGGCGACAUGGCCAUUCAUUACGCGGCUGGUGCUGGCCGAAUCGAGGUGAUCCAGUACCUGUUCGAGGCGGGCGCAGAGGUUGAUGCUCUUGGCAACUUUAAAAGAACGCCUCUGCUGUAUGCAGCGGUGGAGGGCCGAGACGAAGUUGUCGUCUUACUCUGCGAAAAGGGUGCAAGUGUGAACUACAGGUGUUCGAGAGGAUCGCAUGCUCUUGGUGCUGCGCUUAGCAGCAAGAAUUUUCGCCUUGCAGGCCUUUUAGUCAAGCGCGGAGCGAAGCUCGACGAUCAACAAGGCCGUAUUUGGGAAGCAUUCGAAGACGGCAGUUGUCAAAUGCUUGAGUUUCUGAUUCAGAAUUGGGAUGAAUUCUCGCCCAUUCCCGAGGAGAUCAUGUUAAAGCUCAUACAGGUUGCAGCGGAGCAUCGAGACGUUGCGUUUGCGAAGUGUCUUAUCGAAAGAGGGUAUCCUGUCAACAGCGAGAACAAUCCUGUCCAUCUGGCCCUUCGCUUGGGCGAUGAAGAGAUCUCCCAGCGUCUAUCAGAACGCAACGUCGAAUUCCAAGCAAAUGAAGCGAUGUUUAUUGCAGUCCGGCAGGGGCUGCAUUCUUUCGCGUCGAAGUUACUGGUUAUUGGGGCAGAUGCACCGUUAAGAAAGCUCGAGGACAGAGAUGCAGAAGGAAACAUGUUGCUACAUGUCGCUGCGUUUCAUGGCCGCUUGGACGGUGCACGAUUGCUGCUUGAUCACGGUGCGAACAUGGAAGCUACCAAUCUGAAAUCUGAGACACCCCUCUUCUCUGCCGCUGAUGAAGUAUCAAAACUCCUCUUUGAAAAGUGUGCAAAUAUACACGCGAUGGAUGAAAACGGUCGUACACCUUUGCACCAUGCAGUUGGAUCGUACGAGCGUGAUCCAUCGGAUCGGGUGAAACUGCUGGUUUCCCAUGGAGCGAAGAUCAAUCUUGGCGAUCGUGAAGGUAAUACUUGUUUGCAUCUUUGCUGCAUGAAUCGCUGGACGGAGGGGGCAACUGUACUCCUUGCUAAAGGUGCAGAUAUUUCUGCUCAAAAUAGCGAGAAGAAUCAACCGAUACAUCUUGCCAUACAAAACCAAGCAUUUCGAUGGGGCUACUACGAUGACGAAGGUUCGUUAGAGAGGAUCCUUCAGGAGCCUAUCGAACUGCUUCUAAAGCAAGGUGCCGAUAUAAACGCGCGUGGUCUUCAUCGACGCACUCCUUUGCACGUGGCAGUGGAGGAUUCAACCCUGGUUGAGUAUCUUCUAUGA